AUGUUCCUACGAGUUGUCUCUGUUACUUUCUUUGUUUUAGUACUACAGUUUGUUUCAUCUUACCAUGUUGUUGUCUUUGCUUCAAGUUCUAUUUUUCCUUUGUCGCAUAAAAAACAGUUGCAAGUAGUAGUUGAAGAAGAAGUAGAUGCCCUUUUGAAAUGGAAAUCAACCCUUAUUAAUCAUUCUCAUUCUCUCCUCCCUUCUUGGAAGAGAAAUUCCACGACAAGUCCAUGUAAGUGGUAUGGAAUCACUUGUAACAACCAAGGAAGUGUUGUGGAAUUGAAUUUAACAACCUUGGGCUUACAAGGUACGCUUCAUAGUUUCAACUUCUCAUCUUUCUCAAACUUUGUUAGUCUUGAUUUGAGCGGAAACAAACUAUUCGGAACCAUUCCUUCCCAAAUUAAUAAUCUUCCAAAACUAAUUACCCAUCUUAAUCUUUCCUUAAAUACAAUUUCUGGGCAUAUUCCACCAGAUAUAGGUUCUCUCAGAAGCUUGCAAUAUCUAGACCUUUCUCAAAACCAAAUUAGUGGAUCCAUCCCUCAAGAAAUUGGUAACUUGCACUUUCUCACUUUUCUAGGGUUGUACAUGAACAAUCUAACUGGCUUAAUACCUACUUCUGUUUGCGAUCUGACUAAUAUGACCGUUUUAUCAAUAUAUGAAAAUCAAAUCUCCGGUGUCAUUCCUCGGGAUGUCGGAAGGUUAAGGUCUCUUACCUUGUUAGAAUUGUCCACAAACUAUAUCAAUGGUUCAAUUCCCAUUUCUUUAACAAACUUGACUAGGCUGGAGUAUCUUUCCGUUUCCGAAAACCAACUUUCUGGCACCAUUCCUCGAGAUAUAGGAAGGCUACCUUAUCUCACAAGCUUGAGUUUGUCCAAGAACAAUCUUAAUGGUUCAAUCCCUGCUUCUUUGACUAAUUUGUCUAGACUGACCACUCUGUACUUAUAUGAUAACCAAUUCUCUGGCAUCAUUCCUCAAGAUAUAGGAAGGCUACGUUCUCUUACAAGCUUGGAUUGGUCCGAGAACAGUAUCACUGGUCAAAUCCCUACUUCAAUCUCCAAUUUAACCAACUUGACAUAUUUAUCUCUUUUUGAAAACCAAUUAACAGGUUCAUUACCGAUAGGAAUUAAUAAUCUAACACGGUUGCAAACAUUGUAUUUGAGUGACAACAAGUUUUCUGGUUAUUUACCUCAAAAUUUAUGUCAGAGUGGAAAGCUUGAAUAUUUUGUGGCAUUUAAUAACCAUUUCAGGGGUCCGAUACCAAGAAGCCUUAGAAAUUGCACCAGCCUAAAAAUACUCGAGCUUAAAAAUAACGAACUGGUAGAUAACAUAACAGAGGCGUUUCACGUGUAUCCGCAUCUAGAAGGGUUUGUUGUGCGUAACAAUAUGUUGUAUGGUGAGCUCUCAAAAAACUGGGGGAAUUGUCAAAAUUUGACAUACCUAUCUUUUGGAGGGAACAAUAUUACAGGCAGAAUACCAUCAGAAUUGGGAAAGCUAAAGAUUUUAUCAGAACUUUAUCUCGAUUCAAAUAAGUUAGUAGGGGAAAUCCCCAGGGAGUUGUUGAAACUGUCCUCAUUGAUCGAGUUAGAUUUGAGUAAUAAUCAUCUUUCCAGUAGGCUGUGUUUUGCAAAUGGAAUGUUAUCCAACGUGCAAUAUCUCGAUUUAUCAGCAAAUAAACUCAGCGGAUCAAUACCCAAACAACUAGGGGAGUGUUCAAAGUUACUAAGUCUGAAUUUGAGCACAAACAAUUUUAAUGAAAGCGUGCCACCACAGAUCGGAAACUUGGAUUCAAUACAGAUUUUGUUAGACCUUAGUUAUAAUGAGUUGAGUGGAGAGUUACCAUCAUCUCUCGGAAAACUAAGCAAACUGGAAACACUGAAUUUGUCCCACAACAAGAUUUGCGGUUCAAUUCCAUCUUCAUUUGAUCAAAUGCUUAGCUUGACUACUGUAAAUAUUUCGUCUAAUGAGUUCACUGGUCCAAUUCCAAACAUCAAGGCCUUUAAGGAGGCUCCAUUUGCUGCAUUAAAGAACAAUAAGGGUUUGUGUGGUAAUAACUCUAGGGGUUUAAAACCAUGUAAUUCUUCAGUUUUGUUCGAAAGAAAAAGGGCCAAGCAUAAAAUUUUGCUUGUAAUCCUACUUCCGUUGUUUGGUUCAUUGUUUCUUUCAUUCAUAAUCUCCGCCAUCUUGUUCCUCUUUCGAAAAAGAUCCAUAAGGAAUGUCACGCCGAUAGAUAAAGCUAGAGCUAACAAUACCACAAGAAAUUUAUUUUCGAUUUGGAAUUACGAUGGGAAAAUAGUGUUUGAAGACAUAAUUGAAGCAACAGAGGAUUUUAAUACAAAAUUUUGCAUUGGAACGGGAGGAUAUGGGAGUGUUUACAAAGCAGAAUUGUCAAGAGGUCAGGUUGUAGCUGUGAAGAAACUCCACUCAUCAUCAUAUGAAGAUUCUGAGAUGUUUGAUCUGAAGUCAUUUGAAAGUGAAGUUCAUGCAUUGACAGAAGUCCGACAUCGAAACAUUGUGAAACUUUUCGGGUUUUGUUCUAGUUUUGAAAGGCGGAUCUCAUUUUUGGUUUAUGAGUUCGUGGAAAGAGGAAAUCUAAAAAAUAUUUUAUGUAGUAGGGAAAGGUCUGUGAAGUUCAGUUGGAUAAAAAGGGUAAAAUUCAUCAAAGGAACAGCUGAUGCACUUGCUUAUUUGCACCAUGAUUGUGUUCCACCAAUAGUUCACAGGGACAUUUCUAGCAACAAUAUUUUGUUGAACUUUGAAUACGAUGCUCGUGUUUCUGAUUUUGGUACGGCGCGAUCUUUGAAGCCGGGUUCAUCCAAUUGGACUUCACUUGCAGGAACCUAUGGAUAUGUUGCUCCAGAGCUCGCAUAUACAAUGAAGGUGACCGAAAAGUGUGAUGUUUAUAGCUUUGGGGUCAUCAUAUUAGAAGUACUAAUGGGAAGGCAUCCAUCUGAGAUCAUCACAUUGCUCUCGCAAAUUCUUCUUUCAUUUUCCUCUUCCAGUAAGGCAGGGCAAAACGUGAGGUUGAGAGACAUUUUGGACCAAUGCAUUGGAGCACCACCAGAAGUCCUUCAAAAUGAAAUAAUGUGUAUUGUGAAAGUUGGGUUUUCGUGUUUACGUGGUGAUCCACUUACUCGGCCAACUAUGGAAAAAGUAUCAGCAGAGCUAUCAUCAUAUGCACAGAGUAACGCAUCUUUGCUGAAGUCCUUUGAAACCAUUACUUUAGCAGACCUACUCAUGUAA